AUGGCUCUGGUGGCCCAUCGGAUGAUGCUGCCAGCGCGGCAUCGACGCAGCACCACCCAGCAGGUGGCCCGCAACAAGGUGGGCGUGCUGCUGGUUCCCAGUGUGGCGGAUUACUACGGCGCGGAGGUGGCACCCGGCAUGGCCACGCCCCUGCCCACUCCGGCCGCCUCCCAGCUGCAGCUGCCACAGGAUGCGGCAGAGGCAUCGGGCGAUGGCAGCGGCGCAAAAGUGAGUGCAACAAGUCGGUGCAACGACCCACAUUCGGUUGACUGUGCAUGGAAAUGGCAGGAAUUUCCUCCGGGGAUUUCCCCCAAAAUAGCAGCCUCGCUUUCUCGUUUUUCUUUCUCCUACGGCUUCUGUUUUCGCCUUCUGUUUUUUUUCUCCGACUGGCGCCAGCUUUAUUUGGUCAAAUGUGUGCUGUGCGAUUUUGGGGCAUAG